GGGCGCCGGGCCCUCAGGCAGAGCGGCGGGCACCAGGCCCCAAGGAGGGGCAGCAGGCACCGGGCCCCCGGGCGGAGCGACAGGCACCGGGCCCCCCCAGGCGGAGCGGCAGGCGCCGGGCCCCCAGGCGGAGCGACGGGCAUCAGGCCCCCAGGCGGAGCUGCGGCGGGCCCUCAGGCGGAGCGGCGGGCGCCAGGCCCCCAGGAGGGGCGGCAGCCAUCGGGCCCCAGGAGGGGCGGCGGGCCCCCAGGAGGGGCGACGGGCAUCGGGCCCCCAGGUGGAGCGACGGGGCGCCGGGCCCUCAGGCAGAGCGGCGGGCACCGGGCACUCCGGGCAGCGGCACACCGGGCUGGACUCCGGGCAGAGGCACACCGGGCUGGACUCCGGGCAGAGGCACCAGGCAUCAGGUCAUUUGGCUCGCCAGCAGGCACCGCGUCAUCUGGCAAGGCAGUGGGCACCGAGUCACCAGGCACGACAGUGGGUUCUGAGUCAACUGGCAUGACCACGGGCACUGGGUCAGACAUUGGAUCAUCUGGCUCGACAGCGGGCAUCAGGUCACCAGGCAUCAGGUCAUUUGGCUCGACAGCGGGCACCGCGUCAUCUGGCAAGGCAGUGGGCACCGAGUCACCAGGC